CUCAAACGCUGAUAAAUAAAUAAGCACCACAACACUUCACCUGUGAGCAAAAAACAAAAUCGCUACAUCCCCACCGCGCCUGGUCAAAACCCUAAAAGAUGUCAGCUGUCGUCUUCGCAUACCAUAACGUUGGCGUACGUUGCCUCUCAGUUCUCCUGGCACAUGGCAUCAACAUCAAAUUGGUCGUCACCCAUUCCGACGCCUCAAACGAGAAUAUCUGGUUCAACAGCGUCGCCGACCUCGCAGCCCAACAUGACAUCCCCGUUGUCGCGCCAGAAAAUCCUCACGAUGGGAAGACUAUGAAGCUCCUGCAUGACGUCGCGCCCGAUUUUCUAUUUUCAUUUUACUAUCGCCUCCUACUCAAAUCAUCCAUCCUCAAAAUUCCUAAAAAAGGGUGCUACAAUAUGCACGGCUCGCUCCUACCUCUUUACCGUGGUCGGGUACCCGUAAAUUGGGCUGUGCUACAUGGGGAGACGCAGACUGGAGCAACCCUCCAUGCCAUGGUACCGAAGGCAGAUGCAGGUGCUAUCGUGGAUCAGAUGGCUGUUCCCAUUCUACAAAACGACACCUCCAAAGAUGUUUUUGACAAGGUCCUGGUAGCAUCAGAACUGGUUCUGCACCGUAGCGUCCCUUUAUUACUUGCAGGAACUGCUAAACAUACGGCCAUGGAUCUUAGUCAAGGAUCUUACUUCAGUGGCCGCAGUGCUGAGGAUGGUCGUAUAAAUUGGGGGCAAUCAGCACUACAAAUCCACAAUCUCGUCCGCGCAGUGACGCACCCUUACCCAGGAGCUUUUGCAGAAACGGUGAAAGGCCGAUUGGUAUUAUGGCGCACGAUGAUUUGUGAUGAACUGAAGGAGAUGCCGGAAGGACCUGCUUUAUUUAUGAGUAACAGAAAGAUGUACUUGAGGGCUGGAGAUGGAGGCGUUCUAAGGGUUUUGGAAGUUGAAGUUGAUGGAGAGACAGUCACGGCAAUUGAGGAUACCAUACCUCUCUAAUACGAUCUGAUCAUGACUCAAGGUAUAGUUCAUUUUAUAACUAAGAAACCCUGGUUUUUCGAA